AUGGGGAGGCGUUUUAAGUCCGAGUCCUUCUGGCCGAAGGCAGAGGGGUUUAUGGAGACGGUCUCCUUGGCGUGGCACUCUGUGCCCUCCUCGGGGAACCCGUUUGUGGUGCUGGAGAGCAAGCUGCGGGCAACGGCUAAGCGGCUGCAGUCAUGGAGCGACAGGUGGAUCGGCAACGUCAAACUCCAGAUCUCCAUUGCGAUGGAGCUGAUCCUGCGGCUGGAUAUGGCGUCGGACCCCAGGCCGCUGUCGCGCGCGGAGUUUGACCUUAGGAAAAGGCGUAAUCUCAUCACGACCAUCAACAAGGAUGGGCUGCUCCUGACUGGCCAAGAAUCAAUCGCGGCUGCGGUGGAUGAGUACUACGAGGGUAUUUUUGGGACCGCGCCGGAGAGGGAAUUUGCAAUCAACCUCCAGGCCCUAAACCUGCCGCGCCGGGAUCUGUUGCACUUGGAGAGGCCCUUUACUGAGGAGGAGGUGGAGAGAGUCAUCAAAUCCAUGCCCCUGGACAAGGCACCUGGACCUGACGGUUUUACUGGCCGCUUCUACGCGAGUUGCUGGCAAAUCAUAAAGGUUGAUUUCAUGCGGGCUUUGGAGGCGUUCAGCAUUGGAGAUAUGCAUGGCUUGGGCUGCAUAAACAAAGCCUUAGUCGCUCUGUUUCCAAAGGUGGAUGGGGCCGAGGAAUUGCGAGACUUUCGCCCUGUCAGUCUUGUGCACGGUGCAGUCAAGAUCUUCGAUAAGGCAAUGGCAGUCCGGCUUGCGGAGGAACUGCCGUUCCUGACAAACAUGAGGAAGAGCGCCGUUAUCCCCAUCCGAUGCUCGCAGCAGCAGAUUCAGGAGGUCGGAGACAUGCUUGGUUGCUCGGUGGGAGGCUUUCCGUGCAAGUACCUUGGCCUGCCUCUAUCGCUUCGGAAACAGUCAGCCUCGCAGAUGCAGUACCUGGUAGAUCGGAUCGGAGCAUGCCUUCCGACCUGGUGGGCAUCUUCUUUGCCCAAGAGUGGACGCCUCCUCCUCGUACUUUUGGUCCUCAGUGCAAUGCCGAUUCAUGCCAUGAUGGCCAUGGAGCUACCCGCCAAAACUGUUCACGCCAUCAACAAAAUCAUCCGUGCUUUUCUGUGGUGCGGGAAGAAGGAGGCAAGGGGUGGCAACUGCUCCGUUGCAUGGACGACAGUGUGCACGCCCAAGUGGGCUGGUGGACUCGGCGUGCCAGAUCUCAGGUGGAUGAAUGUCGCCAUGCAGGCGCGCUGGCCAUGGUUGAAGCGCUCAGGAGGGGAUAGGUGUUGGCACGAGUUCAAGUUCUCUGUGCCAAAGGAGUCCAUGCAACUAUACUUGGCGGCCACCCGUAUGCAACUGGGCGAUGGAUGCGGCACACUCUUCUGGGAGGGUAGAUGGUUGGAUGGUUUCCGCGUUCAGGAGCUGGCCCCAGCAGUUUGUGAUGCUGUGUCGCCCAGGCUGCGACGUACCCAGAUGGUGGCCGACGCCCUGGAAAGCAACGGUUGGGCAAGAGAUAUUGGGCCGGACCUGCAGAUUGAAACUAUCAGAGAGUACCUUCGACUAUGGACCAGGGUCAGCGGCGUUGAGUUACAGGAGGGCAUUCCGGAUGUGGCUCUGUGGUCCUGGGAGAGGGGUGGAGUGUUCUCAGUAAGAUCGGCCUAUGCUGCUAAGUUUGCUGGGCGCAUGGUCGCUCCCACGGCCGAUUUCUCGUGGAAAUCUAGGGCACCCUUGCAAUGCCAGAUGUUCUCGUGGUUGGCCCUCCGUAAUAGGUGCUGGACAUCCGACAGGCUUGCCAGGAGGGGGCUGCCGCACCAGGACUCCUACCCGUUCUGCAACCAGGAGGAGGAUACCAUCAAUCAUAUUCUGCUAACAUGUGUCUUAUCUCGAGAAGUUUGGACGCACAUCUGUCAUGCCCUGGAGGAGCCCACUUGGGCUCCUGGUGGGGAGGAGGUGCUCUCUACUUGGUGCCAAGAUCGAGCUAAGCACGACCUUUGUAUCAAGACGUCUAGGGCGAUCAUCCUGCUUGGCCUUUGGCAAUUGUGGAAACACCGAAACACAGUAGUCUUUGAUAACGCCGCCCCAAGCGUAGCCAUGGUCAUGCGACAGGUGGAGCAGGAGGGAAGAGCCUGGUGGAGUGCAGGUCUCAUGAAGGGUGAUGUAGACGGUUUGUUUGGUAGGCUAAGCACGUGGAGUUUGAGUGAGUAG